GCUUUAUUGGAGAAUAUGGCAUAUGGAUCUUGUUCAGUCUGCAGUCCUGUAUAGCGUAAUGACCCUCAUCAGUACCUACCUGGUAGCUUUUGCGUACAAGAAUGUCAAGUUUGUUCUCAAACACAAAGUAGCACAGAAAAGAGAAGAUGCUGUUUCCAAAGAAGUUACUCGCAAGCUGUCUGAGGCAGACAAUAGGAAGAUGUCUCGUAAGGAGAAGGAUGAAAGAAUUCUGUGGAAGAAAAAUGAAGUUGCAGAUUAUGAAGCAACAACUUUUUCCAUCUUCUACAACAAUACUCUCUUUCUGGUCUUGGUCAUCAUUGCUUCAUUUUUUGUGCUGAAGAACUUCAACCCCACUGUAAACUAUAUUCUUUCUAUAAGUGCUUCAUCUGGACUGAUUGCUCUGCUAUCUACAGGAUCCAAAUAGACAAAAAAACCCACAGUGACUUAUUUCUGUGAGAGGGUUCAACUGCCAUGCAAAAGCUUAAGGGGGAUUAGGAGUACAUUUUUUUUAU